GCCAGGAGCGGGCUGGCGGCGGAGUUAGAGUUUGGUAAUCUGAAAACAAUGGCAGAAGAAGAACUUCAAGCCAUAAUACAAAGAUGUCAAAUUUUAGAUGAGGAGGAUUUUAAAGGGGAGGACUUCAAUCUUUUUCAAGUUGCCGGACAGAAGUGCUUGGAUGAAGGGUAUAUAGCUAAAAUACUGGAAGUUGUCCAAAAUGAGAAAAAUGCGGCUAUCGUCAAAAAUAUGGGCUGGAAUCUUACUGGUCCACUGAUCAGAUGCAUGCUAAAGCAUGAGCAAGAUGAAGUGAAGAGAAAACAAGGCAUGAAAAUAGUAGAUAAACUGGUAGAGCUGUGCAGUCCUAAAGAACUCGUGCUUGGCCUUCUGGAGCAAAUUGAGCAAGCCUCUGUGGAACAGGCAUGCCCAACAAUUUUGCUUUUGCUGGAGCCUCUGCAAGAAGUGCUGUUGAAACUUGAGAAGAAGAAGGCCUAUUCAGUGGGGUUGGCGCUGUCUACCAUUUUGAACCAACUUUCACUUCUGCCAGUACCUUACACCAAGCAACAGCUAGAAGAAGACAAGCACGGUCUCUGCCAGUGUUGCACCGCUUUGCCAUGUUUUGUUAGACCUUUUGUGGAUGAUGUUGUUGAACAUACGGCGGACUCCUUAGACAAAGAUUGCAAAGACUUGAAGGAAGAAUUGCUUGCAUUUUGCUUGAAAAGCAUGAAAUAUCCCCUGUUAUUGGCAGAGCUUGAUCCACUACCUGAAGGAACUGCUGUACAUCCCCUGAGGCAAUUUGCUGCAGAUAUACUAGACAUAUUGCAAGAACUUAGAGAACUGCUUCCUAAAGUGUUCUCUCAGCACAGAUGCAGAAUUGAAAACUCGGAAGAUGAGGACUUCAUGGAAAUAGCCAGUGAUCAGCAUGCGGAUUCUUUGGCAUGUCUGUCUUACAUGGUAUUUGUUCAGGAUAGCUUUGGCAUUGACUGCUUUCCAGUUGUUUUCAGCCCCUCGUAUAUUCUGCAAAGCAAUAUGGUGCACGUUCGAGUUCUGUUGAAAAGGCAAGAAGAACCUGUUUUAUCAAAAGGACUUACUCUAUUGGAGAACUGUCUACUGAGACUGCAAAAUAAUAGCCUUCUGAUUGAAUUCCUGGACUUCAAAAUUUUCAUUGCAACUUCUGAGGAUCUGGUAAAGGUUGCUACGAUGUGCCCUUUUGAACCUUUGAGAAAGAAGAGUUUAAACAUUUUACAGCUGUGCAUAGACAAGUUUGAAGAAGAGGGGAAAUACAUUUUAUUCAGGUGUUUGUUGCAGAGAAGUAAUCAUUCUGGUGUGGAAGGAUACAUCAUUCAAAACAUUAAAAAUCAGAUUGAUUUAUCUCUACGGAAUCCAGAAGACAGCAAGUUUUUUACUGGCUACUCCUUAGUCAAACUGCUAGACAUAGCACUUUCCCUUCCUGAUGGUGCGACAACUGAUCUUCUCCAGAACUCAGACAGGAUUAUGGCAUCACUAAAUCUACUGAGAUAUUUAUUCAUUAAGGAUAAUGAAGAAGAGAAUCGAACUUGCGUGUGGUCAGAACUUCACAAGAUUCGACAGACUUUCUUGAAGCCUUUACAUAUUGGACUUUGUAUGUCAAGAGCACACUAUAAAGCUGAAAUAAAGAAUAGAAAAGAAAACAAAGGAGAGUCACACACUUCUAAGAAGAUGCCUUCAGUAACAAUAGCAGGGAAAAAAGUGUCAAAGAUGACAUCUCAUAUGGAGCUUCAUGUUCUUCAAUCAGCUCUUGUCACUUUUGAUUUAAUGGAGAGUAUUCUGGCCAGAGUGGAAGAACUUACUGACACUACUUGCUACUGAAGAAACUGAUGGGAUCAAAUGAAGCAUUUUGUUUACCUUCUCCCAACAGUAUUUCACAUCAUGUACUGUAUCAUUCUGACAUUAUGACUUGAAAAUAUAAAGUCCCUAGCUAUUUACUAAAUCAUAAUUGUACAGUUUGCUAAAGAGAAGGUCUGAGACCUUCAAGAGCAAGCUUGAUUGGCAUAUUUGCAAAGUAAAUGUGAGGUAGGUCUGAGAUUUAAUUAAAAACUGCUCAGCAGGAGCAUAGCACAAUGCAGUGGCCUGAACUACGUUUCUGGUAGGGAACAUUGGCAGCAGAAAGUUUUUCUGUGCCAUAAGUGAUGUACUAGGCUUUUUGCAUGGCACAAUUUAUGUCAUGUGCUGUGAUAUAAAGUGUACUACUUAAUAUAAUCCACAAACAGGAAUGGGGAUAGGCACUAAUAGGUAUGCACUGUGUCACUUGAUGGGUAAUAUCCCUACUUACUGAUCCACCAACUCCAGAGAAAGACGAGUUGAUUUUACCAAUCCACUCUGCCCUCUGUCUCUGAAAAUCUAUUCCAGAGAAUUGGGGAAUAAUAGCAGGGGUUGCAAUAUUGGGCAGCAGGGAGGCUGCUGGAAAAAAAAUUAAAACAACAACUCUUGCUUUACAUUUCCUUCAAUGUGAAGUCCUUGCUAGAUUUCAGCAGAGAACAGAAAUAGCUCUUCUGUGCAUGGAAUGGCCAAUCUAGUCUGGAUUCAACCUUGUACAAUUCAGUUCUAGUUCAGAGAACAGAAAUACAAAAUAUUAUUGCAGUUUAAUACCUAACCUAGAUGGCACAGGUUUAUAUAACACCAUGUGCUAGCACUGUUGUUUAAACACCAAAAAACAUACUGUGGAAUCCCAAGAUACAUGGUCAUAGUUUCUAAGCAUUUCAGAAAGCAGCAAAGAAGCAGCAGCAUUAGACAAAGACAGCCAACAUGAAGUAAGUCAGUUAUUGAUCAGUUCUUUUGCUUCUGUUAUUUCAUAUUCACAAGGAAAAUAGCUAUCAGAAAACAGUACAAAUUGAUAUGGGAUGUCUUCUAAACUUGUAGCUUAGAAACUGUGACAUACAGAAAUGGGACUCUAUAUAGCACUGUUAAGUCACAUGCUAUAUAGCUAUUCGCAUAUGAUCUAGCAGUAGAGGGUGUUGGAGCAGUCCAUGGCACAGCACUAUGACAUACAUAUCACAGUCAUAUGUCAUCAAGGUGAUACAGUAGAGAUCUUUCCAGCUGUUUUGGCUUUGAGUAAAUGUUCUUCAUGCCAAUUUUCCUGAUCAUUCCUGCAGAUAUGUCUAAUAUACAACAUUCCCUAGCAGUCCACCUGAACAAAUACAGUAGGAGAUACAAGUUCAUUGACAUUAAAGAGCAUAUAUUGGACAACAAGAAGACGUUUUAUUUUCAUUUGCUUUGGGGGGGUUAACAUCAGCAAACAAUUCAUCUGUAAGAAAGGAGGAACAGAACUUGAACAACCAUUUUGUUUCAAACAGCAUCAUUAAUAAUCAUGUACAUUUGGAGGACAAUGUUAGUAGCUCUUUCUCUGUGCUGCUAGUAAUGAAUGUUCUACAACAUUAAGAAUAUCAGGACAUUUCCACUCAAGGUUAAAUGCAAACAGUAUUUAUCUUUUAUAUUAUUUCAGAGGCUGAAAAUGGAUUUUUAAGUGAGCAAUGAUAUGUCUUUUGAUGGUUAUGCAGGAAAUUAAACUUUAAUAAAUUACAUGCAGGUUUUCAUGUUUUCAUUCUGAAUGUCUCUGAUGCAGAACUGUUUUCCAAAUUGAUACACUUCUUUGUGAAUGUGGGUUUUUACAGGACAAAACCGAGGUAUUUUUCGAAUAAACAUGGUCAAAGUUCUA